AUGAAGCUUUAUUCCUACAGCCCAAUGGCAGCGUCAAGGGGUGAACUAUAUACGACUAUCUGCGUGGCUGCAAUAGAUAUUGGUAACACAUACUCCGGAUAUGCCUUCUCUUUCCACGGCGACUUCCAAAAGAAGCCACUGAAGAUAUUUGCCAGUGGAUGGAACGCUGGCUCUGGGUCCCUAAUUUUGCACAAAACACCAACAGCUCUACUCCUCAACCCUGAUCAAACCUUCAACUCCUUUGGCUAUAACGCAGAGAAAAACUAUUCACAACUAGCAGAGGAGGAUGAACACAAGGAUUACUACUAUUUUCGCCGUUUCCAAACGAUCCUCCGUAAGGGGAAAUCUUACUCCGAGGGUCCAGAGCUGUUCACUACGAGGUUUCGCCGAGUGCUUGACAGUCAAACUCUUACAUAA